ACUACACUACAAUAUACUAUACUAUACUCUACUCCACUAUACUAUACCAUCUGAAAACUAUAAUCUAAUCUGAAGUCAACCACUGAGCAGAAGUGGGGAUGGACAUGAAAUCUGAGAAAGAGUGUGACACAUAUGGAAAAGUCAAGAUGAAGGGAAACAUGAGAGAAAGGAAGCAGCAGAGGCUUUUUUGUAGCUCAGAUCAGCUCAAAGGCCGACAGCCCUCUGACAGGACUUAGAGGAUCAUCAGUAAAUGAUCUGGGUUCAGACCUGGGGCACAUGGGCCACUUUCUUGACAAAGUGCUCAUUUCUCACCUAUCACUCCCUCUCUCUCUCCUUGUGUUCCCUCCGGCGCUGCAUUGAGUUACUGUACGACAGUCAGCAGAGCAGUGGCAUGUGCUGGGAUUAGUGGUGGAGCAUAACUGAAAUAACAGUCAUUUUCCGUUUGGCCAUAGAGCAGAGCAAAGUGGAAUUCUUCUCGUCGGCUCCCUCGCCUGCGUCAUCUCUCACACAGGAACAGUCUGAGAUUUCCAGGAAAACUGAAUAUAAAGCAAAGUGGCAGAGUUUGGGAAAGAAGGAUGACAUCAUUGAAAUAAAGUAAACAUCUGUGGACCAGGCACUGACCCUGAUUUUUAAAUGGAUCCUCUCUACAGGAGUUACAGCCAUGUCGGUCAUAAGGUGGAGAUUCAGUGAGGCAAUAAAGAUGAGAGUGAAACAUCAGAUUUUGGGGGCCUGAUUGGAGAGCAUGGUGUCCCGGGACACGCCCUGACCUCAGGAGCUGCCAGUGAUCUGAGGAGGAGGAGGAGGAGAAGAAGGAGGAGAAGAAGGAAGAGGAGGAGGAGGAGAAACCGUCCCACUGUCAGAAGUAUGCAGGACCUUACGUCAGCCCUCACUCUUUAACAGGCUGUCAGCGCAGGUCGCGCGCUGUGCUGCGCGGAGAUGACAGCGACGGAGCGAGGAGGAUGUUGCAUUUGCACACCUGCGGAGCGCGAAGAAUCGUGCGUUUGAAACGGGACUUAAUUCAUUCUGGACUCGAUGCAUUUGCGGUUCACGACCAGUGAUGAGUUGGCUCCUGUUGUGGAUUCUAACAGCAGGCGGAAUUCAACAGGCCUUCUCCCAGAAUUCCACUGCCAUGCCGCCUGCCACAGCCGUCACAUCCACACCCACAGAUCUAUACAACCGGACACAGUACUGCAAGUGGCCCUGUGAGUGUCCCGUUGCCAUCACAUCCUGUCCACCCGGUGUGAGCCUCAUCAUGGACGGAUGUGGCUGCUGCAAAACCUGCGCCCGGCAGGUGGGCGAGGUGUGCAACGAGGCGGACACGUGCGACUACCACAAGGGACUGUACUGUGACUACAGCUCGGACAAGCCUAGGUACGAAAAAGGAUUGUGUGCAUAUAUGGUGGGUACAGGCUGUGAGCACGACGGUGUGAUAUACCGCAACGGGCAGAGCUUCAAGCCCAGCUGUAAAUACCAGUGUGUCUGUGUGAAUGGUGCCAUCGGAUGUGUGGGACUGUGCACAGAGUCCAAGCCUCCCCGGGUCUGGUGCCAAACCCCACGUCGGGUCAAAAUUCGUGGACAAUGCUGUGAGCAGUGGAUCUGUGAUGAGCCCAAGAGGGGGCGCAAGACAGCACCGAGACACGCUGUGGAAGAAGUGAGGAAAGGCACAAGGAGGACCAGGACAGAUCGGCACGGCGGCCGGAGGAGCGAUGGCCCGCGGCCUGCGUGUGACUUACCGUCUUAAGAAACAGUUGGAAAGAAAAAGUGGUUAAGGCCACAGUGUAAUGUAAGGGCACAGUGGCAAGAAAACGCCUCCAUAGAUAGUUUUCAGAAGUUUUCUUGUGUUCAUUUCCCUACUCUGCAAAAUAAAUUAAAAAAAAUAUGGACUCACCCUUUGUAGACAGACCUAAAAAGGAAUUGUUAGUGCAUUAUAACUUAUCCAGCUUCUAAGCCCUUCAAGACACCAUAUCUACUUUAAUGUGAACUGCUGAACAUAAUCAUAUUCUCAGACCAUCUUAA